AUGAAUGUCGACAAGUUUAUCUUGUUUGGGGACUCAAUUACCCAGUUCAGUAACCAAAUAGUUGAUGGUUUUGCUCUUCAACCUGAGUUACAGAACUUGUAUAUCAGAAAGCUCGACAUUAUAAAUCGUGGCUUUAGUGGAUAUAAUUCAGAACAUGCAAGGUUGAUUCUUCCCAAAAUCCUCGAAUCUGAAUUGAAUGAAUCCAAAGACAAUGUGAAGUUGAUGACGAUAUUUUUUGGUACCAACGAUGGCUUUAUUGAUAAUAAUCCAAUUCAGCCCGUGGAGCUAUCAAGGUACAAGAAAAACAUAGCAUACUUAGUGGAACUAGCACUAGCGAAUAAUGUGAGGCCUAUUGUGAUUGGACCCAGCUUGCACGAUCCAAAAACUUUAGCUGAGAUUUCAGGUGGCUUAAUGCAGACAGAAGUUGCUACUUGCGAACGAUACUGGAAUUAUUCCCAGGGGGCAAAGAGUGUUUGUCAAAAGUACAAUGUUCCAUUCAUUGAUUUAUGGGAGGAAUUCAGGAAAGACAGUGGCUGGACAAAGGAGCAAUUGUUUGCGGUUAGAAAAGACUCUCCCGAUUUGGAAGUAGGUUUGUUGAGCACCUACUUGAAUGAUGGGAUCCAUCUCACUGCCAAGGGCUACAAGAUCUUGCUCAAGGCCAUUUUGGAAUCCAUUGGGCAAAACUACCCUGUGUAUCUACCUCAAAAUAUGCCUUACAAACUAGCUUACUGGGGAGAUAUAGACCCUACAAAUUUAGACUCCAUAUUCAAAAAAAAGGAAGCAUAG